UGGGGUGGUUGCUGUUGAAUGGAUGCUGCUGCCUUCUCUCACCGGGAGCAGUCAAGCAGAGGCGGAAGUGUAUGCUCUGGGAAAACCCGCUUAGAUGAAACCAGAGCCCAGGCCGUCAUUUCUGUCAUCCUAGCCUAAGCCCUGCAGCCCUGGAUUUGGUGACUGGGCUGCUUUUCAGAAAGACACUGCGCGCACACACACACACACACUCACAUGCACUCAUCAACCCAUGCUUCGUUUAACCUCUUGUCUGCUCACUCAUUCGUAUGAUUCUGUCCGCAGGCCAAAGGGCCGUGGCCUUCUGGUGAAACUCUGUGUGUGUGUGUGUGUGUGUGUGUGUGUGUGUGUGUGUGUGUGUGUGUGUGUUACUGUUGGCUGUAGCCUUGGCCAUAUCUCUUUCACAAGAGCUGUGAGAAAAGCCCCUAUAGCUCUGGGUGUUGUUCAUCAUGCCCAAUAAGGGAACACUUUAUCGCUCCCCGCCACACUCUCAUAUACAGAUCAUUUGGGAGCGCUUACUUCCUCUUGAAGAGCUCCACAGAUCCUCACUCCCAGGCUGAUGACUCUGUCCUCCUCUGUGCUCCCCGUAGAGAACGUUCCGGAGGAGCUGCGAGACCCCUUCUACUGCGAUCAGUACGAACAGGAGCACCUGAAGCCCCCGGUCACGAGGCUCCUGCUCUCCCCAGAGCUCUACUGCCGCACCUACAGCCUGCUGCUGGGACAGGGACAGGGACAGGGGCCGUCGGGGGCCCCAGUGGCCGAGGGGUCCCCCAAAGACAACGGCGACCUCCUGCAGAUCCUCAGUAAGCGGGGCCUGGUCGCCAAGGACAAGAAUGUCCCCAUCACGGACGAAGACCUCCGCCACAAACCCAUCAAAAUGACUGCCCACUUGGCGCUGAUCGACGCACUGAUGGCGGUGGGUGCCAUGGAGACGGUUAGUGCUGCGAGGACGAGAGGAGCUGAGCUGCUGGAAGGAAGAGGAGGAGGAGGAGGAGGAGGAGGCAGCGGCUGGGAGGAGCCCCUGCUCCAGUGGGUCAUCGGGCUGAAUCAGACGCUGAUGGAACUCACAGAGGGCCCACAGCUCAGACAGCAGCUCCGACCCACAUGUCCCACCCGCUGGUACUGGAAACUUGUUCCUAUAAGGUACAGGAAGGAUAAGAUGCUCUCCAGGCAGAAGCCCUUUUUCCCGCUGGUGAGCGAGGUGAAGGAUCUCAGCAACGGCUGUGCCAUCGCUGCAGUCAUCCACUACUACUGCCCAGGCCUGCUGCGUCUGGAGGACGUGUGCAUGAAGGAGUCCAUGUCGGUGGCUGACAGCCUGUACAACCUGCAGCUGAUCCUUGAGUUCUGUGAGAGCUGUCUGAGGAGCUGCUGCCCCCUGGUGCUGGAGGACCUGCUCUACGCCCCGCCUGAACUGCAAGUGAACAUCUUGAGCUUUCUGGCAGAGCUCUUAAGGUGGUUCGAGAUCCAAAAGCCAGAGUUUGUUCAACCUCUGCAGGCCAUGGAGGAUGGUCCUGGGAAAACUGAUGGUGGGACAUCCAGUGGUAACAGCUCUCCCUCCCUCUUCAAGAAGCCCUUCCUGCCCAUUUCCUCCCCCAUGUCACCAGUGCCAGGCUCUCUUACUCAGUCUACCUCAAUGUCUCAUGUAGAGGCCGUUGGAAGAACAUGGACAAAGAAACCAAUCAGCCGUCCCCUGUCCGCAGUGUCCUUCAGCAUCCCCUUCGGUCUGGACAGUGACGUGGACAUCGUCAUGGCAAGUCGGAGCGCCAUCACCCGCUCCGUUAGCUCCGACAACCUGAACCGGGGCACCAAGGGCCUGACGCGCGCGCCCCACACCCCCCCGGAGGACCUCGGCCACAUGUUCAGCAAGUCGCCCGCCAACGGCUCGCACCGGGCCUCCUGGGCCACGCCCACGCCAGACGCGCCCCUGCUGGCGGAGGAGAACGGGCUGGAUGACACGGAGAUGGAGAUGGAGGCGGAGGCCGGCGAGCUGCCCACCAUUGAGGAGGCGCUGCAGAUCAUCCACAACCAGGGCAAGCUGGAGCCGCGGCUGCACCCGGACGGAGCCCCGACGGCUCUACCUGCACUCGCCCGACGACCCCGCCAGCGCCUCACGCGCCGCCGCCGCCUCCGUCGUCUUCCUCUCCGUCCCGCGGCCCGCCACACGUCGGAGGGCUCGCGCGACGACGACUCAGUGCUGCGCGACGGCAGCGUGGACUCGGACGCCUCCGAGGACCUGCCGAGGACCGCCCACUCCACGCCGGCGACCCCGGUCUCCAAGCCCCGCCCCAGCAGCAGCAGCGGCGGCGACCACACGCCCGACAGCGGCGUCCGCAUGACCAGCUUCGCCGAGAGGAAGAAGAAGAAGGUGCUGACUCCCACGCCUCAGGAGCCCGACGCCGAUCCCACCAACCCUGCUUCAGCCCCGAACGUGACCACCAAGAAGACUGAAGAGAGCCCUGGCAAGAGCCCUGCCCUAAACACGGAGAUGUCCGACCUGGGUGUCCGUCUGGAGGAGAAGCGGAAGGCCAUCGAGGCUCAGAAGAAGCGCAUCGAGGCCAUCUUCGCCAAGCACCGGCAGCAGCUGGGCAAGAGCGCAUUCCUGCAGCUAAAGAAGGGGCGCGAGGGAGAGGGAGAGGGGGAGGCUGAGGAGCAGACCAAGGGGGAGGUGAGCGCAUCCUCCACAGAGGAGGACCUGAGCCGCCGGUCCCGUGCCGUGCAGCAGCCGCCAGAGAUGCAGAAACACCCACAGCGCCACCUAGCGGAGGAAGAGGGUAACAUGAAGCCGCACGCAGGCUCGAAGGAGAACAGGGAGGCUGCACAGGCUGGGGAGAAGGGCUCGGCUCCUCUCGGGGACUACAACAACGCCGUGACCAAGCUGAACGCGGCCCUCAGUUCGCUGCAGACCGACAUGCAUCGGCUGGCUGAGCAGCAGAAACAUCUGAUGCAGAAGAAGCCUGCGCCCGCCACUCCACAUAGCUGGGUCAUCCCCCCUGGCCCCAAAACGCCUCCUUCCCGCCUGUCUCGCGAGACCACACGGGACCUCCCUUCCGCCUCGUCCUCCCCCUCUCCAUCGCGGAGGCUGGUCAGCCACACCACCCCGCCCAAAUCCCCGGGGGCACACCGCCGGGCACAGUCGGCGCCCCCCAAGAGCCCAAAGCACCACCACGCGUCGCGGCCGGCGGACCUGAAGGUCCCAGUCUCCACCCGCUCGAUCGUGGCUUCCCAGAACGUGGACAGCAUCCCGCACCUGCGCCGCACCGCGCCUUGGCAGUGCCGCGACCAGAGCGCCUCUUCCUUCAGCUUCGGCCAGACGGGCACCUCCAUGUUCCCUGAAUCCUCCCGCAGGUCCACGCCCACGCCCUCCCACCUCCCCCACACGCGGGCCGGCCAGGAUGACCUCGCCUCGGACGCUGGCUCCGCAGAGGAGCACGGUCUCUUCAGCCUGGAGCUGGAGGGCGCGUCCACGAAGGGGGGCAGCAGCUCGGGCGCGCCCUCCGAAUGCUCGUUCGAGAGCGACGUGCCGGCCGCCGGGUUCAACGGCAAGCGCAGCAGCCUGAUCGAGAUCUCGCUGUCCUCGCUGAGAGGGCUGGAAGACGAACUCGACCAGUCCAACGACCCCUUCUCCGACUCCAUGAGUGACCAGACGGAGCCGGAGCUAAAGUCUGGGGUCGGCUUCUUCUUCAAGCAGGAUGAGGCUCGACCGGAGGAUGAGAUGGCCCAGCGGCGCGCCGCCCUGCUGGAGAAACAGCAGAAGAGAGCCGAGGAGUUGAAGAAACGCAGACAGGAGCAGGAGAGGGAGAGGGAGGCCAGCCGAUCAGCGUCAGGAGACGAGCUCCGACCGCAGACGCCGAGCACCCCGCCACCCCUGCGCACGCCCCCGCCCGAGGCCCCGUCCCAUCGCCGUGGCAACUUCACGCGGAAUGAGUACGAGAUGCGGCGCCAGCUGAAGAUCAUGGACGACCUGGGCAAGGUUCUGAGGCAGAAGCCCACCACCGUGCGCGACGUCAAGAAGCAGCGGCCCAAGACCGUCUUCCACGAUGACUCGGCCCUCUCGCGCAGCCCUUCCAAAGGCUUCCUGGGUUCCAGGUUGAACAAAGUCUACUCUCAAUCCACUAUGAACCUGUCCUCUAUGGCCAACGACACGGGUAGCAGCGGGACGCUGAGAGUCAGGAAAUCUCCUAGUCGUUCUCACUCGCCGUCGAGGCUGAUGUCACCGGGUCGGCUCACGAGCCACAACGGAGAUAGGGACUGGGAGAACGCCUCCACCAUUUCAUCCCCUGCCUCCAUUCCAGAGUACACCGGCCCCAAACUGUACAAGGAGCCCAGCUUCAAGUCCAACAAGUUCAUCAUCCACAACGCCAUCUCCCGCUGCUGCCUGGCAGGCAAGGUCAACGAACCCAUCAAAAACAAGAUAGUGGAGGAAAUGGAAAAGUGCGACGCCAACCACUUCCUGAUCCUGUUCCGGGACAACAGCUGCCAGUUCCGGGCGGUGUACACCAUGAACCCGGAGACGGAGGAGAUGAUGCGGCUGACGGGCAUCGGCCCGCGCUUCAUCAGCCCCGCCAUGGUGGAGUCCAUCUACAAGUACAGCUCCGACCGCAAGCAGUUCACCGCCAUCCCGUCCAAGACCAUGUCCAUGAGCGUGGACGCCUUCACCAUCCCCGGCCACCUGUGGCAGAGCAAGCGCCCGGGCACCCCCAAGAAACCCGGCACCCCCAAAUAAAGCUGGCGCCGGUCUCUUGCCAUCUGGGCUCUCCUCGGUUCAGCCCCCAUCUCUACCCCGAAACCCCCCCCCCCCCCCCCCCCACCCUC